AUGAAACUGUUACAGGAAGCGCGGGAUGCAACGAACGACAGAAAGUUCAUAAAAUCUCAGGUGGAGAAACGUCGCAGGGAGAGGAUGAACCGCAGCCUGGAGCGUCUGAGAACCAUGUUGCUGCAGGAGCCCCAACAACUGGCCGGGACCCAGCACAGAGUGGAGAAGGCUGAGAUACUCGAACACACGGUCCUCUUCCUCCAGAACACCGCCGAGGGAGACCGGACGAGAGCCGGAGGCGGCGGCGGCGGCGGCGGGGGCCAGAAGCACUCCUACCAGGACGGCUUCUCCGCCUGCCUGCAGAGGGCUGCUCAGUUCCUGGGACCCGAGGGGAAAGGCCCGUGGCUGGGAGCGGCACUGGACGCAUCUUUUGCCGCUCGCUUUGCCCGUCCGGACGCCGAUUCUGCAGGCGUCCCAAGGAGAAGCGAGGCCCGUUCCUCCGCCAGCCCUCUGCCUCGGACAAAGUCCAUUCUCUGGAUGCUUAGGCAGGAGUCUAUGCACAGACUCCAUACGCGGGCCUUCGGUGUGAACAGUUUAGUUCAUCCCUACCGCCGUCCAGUCCGGCGAGGGUUUCCCAGAGUCCCCCAACACCCUCAGAAGCAAAGUCAGCUUGAGGUCAGGGUGGCGAGUCGAGCGAGCAAGCAGAGCCCGUCCCAGAGCUGCCCAGUCAGCCAGACUUUGUGGAGGCCCUGGCCCUGA